UACACUCCUUCUUUCCUUAGAAAUUUCUUCCUACUUGCUCUUUAAGUGUAACCGUUGGACACAAUGUCUCGACGUGGCGGUGGCCGCCGGCCGGAUUCUCGCUCGGACCAGCAAUCAUCAUCCCCAUCGCCGUCAUUUCAGCGCGGUGGUGGAGGCGGUAGGGGUGGUAGAGGUGGAAGAGGUGGCCGAGGACGUGAAGGACCUGGCCAUAGUCCGCUUCCAACUUUCACUCAAUCUGCUUCCACGCCGGCUACGUCCUUCUCUCCAAUAUCUCGUCCGCCGGUGCCUGCUUACUCUCCUGAAGCUCAAACCCCGUCGGUUGCUCCGUCGCCUCCUCAAGCUGUGGCUUCUUCGUCGCGAGCACCGCCGUCUAAGGCGGCAGCUUCGAGUUCGACGGCGGAGGAGAUUCGACGAGAGGUCGAACAAAAGCUGUCGCUUGGAGAUCAGGCGACCAAGGCUGUUCGUUUCCCGUCUAGGCCUGGGUUUGGGACUGUCGGCAUGAAGUGCGUGGUUAAGGCGAACCAUUUUUUGGUCCAAGUCGCUGACAGGGAUCUCUGCCAAUAUGAUGUCACCAUAACUCCUGAAGUAACUUCAAAGAAGGUAAACAGGGAUAUAAUAUCUGAGCUUGUUCGAAUGUAUCGUGCAUCACAUUUGGGCAACCGAAUGCCUGCUUAUGAUGGCAGGAAAAACCUCUAUACAGCAGGGCCUUUGCCUUUUGAAUCUAAAGAAUUUAUUGUCAAGCUGGUUGAGAAGAAUAAUGCAGCUGGGUCUUCUGGUUCAUCCAAGAGGGAAAGACAAUUUAAAGUGGCAAUCAAAUUUGCGUCUAAGGCGGACCUUCAUCAUUUGCAACAAUUUUUGUAUGGCAGACAAGCAGAUGCUCCGCAAGAAACCGUACAAGUUCUUGAUAUUGUACUCAGGGCAUCACCAUCAGAAAAGUAUACAACUGUUGGGAGGUCAUUUUUCUCACCUGAUCUGGGGCCAAGGGGUGAGCUUGGUGAUGGUAUAGAAUAUUGGAGAGGAUAUUAUCAAAGCCUUCGCCCAACCCAGAUGGGACUGUCUUUUAAUGUUGAUGUGUCAGCCAGAUCCUUCUUUGAGCCAAUUAUGGUGACUGACUUUGUAGCUAAGUACUUUAGGUUGAGAGAUUUGUCAAGGCCUCUGUCUGAACAAGAUCGCAUAAAGGUGAAGAAGUCUUUAAAAGGAGUAAAAGUAGAGCUACAUCACAGGGAGUAUCCUAAAAGCUACAAGAUCACUAGCUUAUCUAAUCAGCCAAUGAAUCAAACUUUCUUCACUCUCGAUGAUAAGAAUUCAAAAGUAUCAGUUGUUCAAUACUUUCGUGAGAGAUACAACAUUAUGCUCAAAUAUACGUCCUUGCCUGCCCUUCAAGCCGGCAGUGAUUCAAAGCCCGUUUAUUUGCCUAUGGAGCUUUGUAGGAUUGUUGAAGGACAGAGGUACACAAAGAAAUUGAACGAAAGGCAAGUUACUCAGCUGUUAAGGGCAACUUGUCAACGCCCUCAUGAUCGGGAAAAUAGCAUUAAGCAGAUGGUUAGGCGGAAUAAUUACAGUAGAGAUGAGCUUGUGGCAAAUGAAUUUGGAAUUCAAGUUAAAGAAGAACUUGCACUCGUUGAUGCUCGAGUUUUGCCGCCUCCAAUGCUUAAGUAUCAUGAAACUGGGGGUGAAUCAAGGGUUGAUCCACGCUUAGGCCAAUGGAAUAUGAUAAACAAGAAAAUGGUGAAUGGAGGGAGAGUGGAUUUUUGGACAUGUGUGAACUUCUCUUCGCAAAUCCAUCCAAAUUUGCCUCGUGACUUUUGUCAGCAGUUAGUUCAGAUGUGUGUCAGCAAAGGAAUGGGAUUCAAUCCAAACCCUAUUCUGCCAAUACAAUCAGCUCAUCCUAGCCAGAUUGAGAGGGCUCUGGCUGAUGUUCACAAGCAGUGUACUGCAAAACUUGCAAAUGAGAAGAAACAGCUUCAGUUGUUGAUAAUCAUUUUACCAGAUUUCACUGGGUCUUAUGGGAAGAUCAAACGAAUCUGUGAAACAGAAUUUGGAAUUGUCUCUCAGUGCUGUCAACCAAAGCAGGCAGCAAAGCUAAGUAAACAGUAUUUUGAAAAUGUUGCCCUCAAAAUCAAUGUUAAGGUUGGCGGUAGAAAUACUGUGUUGAAUGAUGCUAUUCAAAGGAGAAUUCCCCUUGUGACUGAUCUUCCUACAAUUAUUUUUGGUGCUGAUGUAACUCAUCCAGCUCCUGGGGAGGACUCUAAUCCAUCGAUAGCUGCAGUAGUAGCUUCAAUGGACUGGCCAGAGGUAACAAAGUAUAGAGGCCUUGUCUCUGCACAAGCUCAUCGAGAAGAAAUUAUCCAGGAUCUCUAUAAAUCAUAUCAUAAUCCAGAUAAGGGAUUAGUUCAUUUAGGAAUGAUAAGGGAAUUACUAAUAUCCUUCAGAAAAUCAACUGGGCAUAAACCUGGCAGGAUUAUAUUCUACAGAGAUGGUGUUAGUGAGGGCCAAUUUAGCCAGGUCUUGCUACAUGAGAUGGAUGCCAUACGAAAGGCUUGUUCUUCACUUGAGGAGGGAUACCUUCCACGUGUUACCUUUGUUGUAGUUCAGAAGAGACAUCAUACACGACUUUUUCCUGUUGAUCGUGGUCAGACAGACAGGAGUGGCAAUAUUCUGCCAGGCACUGUUAUUGAUACUAAGAUAUGCCACCCGAAGGAGUUCGAUUUCUACCUCAACAGCCAUGCUGGAAUUCAGGGAACAAGCAGACCUACACACUACCAUGUGUUGUAUGAUGAGAAUGGGUUCACUGCCGAUGGGUUGCAAAUUCUGACUAACAAUCUUUGUUAUACGUAUGCGAGGUGUACCCGUUCUGUCUCAAUAGUCCCUCCUGCCUAUUAUGCGCAUUUAGCUGCUUUUCGGGCUCGAUAUUACAUAGAGGGCGAAACAUCAGAUAGUGGAUCUUCAAGUGGUAGGAAUACAAUAGGGAGGAGUAAGGAGGUCCAGCCUCUUCCUGUGAUCAAAGAUAAUGUGAAAGAUGUUAUGUUUUAUUGCUGAGAUACCGGCGUCACAAUUUUUGUGCGGACUCCUUUUUUUGCUCAAAUGGUCUUUUGCAGUUGGUGCAACUGAAAGAACCUUGACGCAACUGAAUGAAACUUGUUCUAUUACAGGGGCCUUUUUGGGGCAAAAUAUUAUUUAAGUUCAACUGGUAUCAGUUGUUUAAGGCCGGUUUUAGGGUUUUGGGACUUGGGAUGGCAAGUGAAGUAAUGUGGGUGCUUGGUCAAGUAAAUUUACUUGUAAAUGCGAAUUUUAAUUAAUGAGCAAUCUCUUUAUUGUCAUUAAA